UAUAAUUACACCUGAUCCAAUCUAAGAUCUGGAUCUCUCUCCUCUCUCUCUCUCCAUAACCUACCGAACCGAGAGCAAGAAGCAGCAGCAAGCAGCAGAGAAAAUUAACGCAAAAAUGGCGGCGGAAGAGCCAUUGAAAUCAACUACUGAAGAAACACCGAAUCCAAACCUUAACUCUAAUCCUAGGGCACAAGAUGACGUUAAUGAUGAUGAGCCGGAAGAAGGAGAGAUCGUCGGAGAUGAGGAAUCAUCCGCCAAGAAAUCCAGCGCUGUAACCUACCAGCCGCACCCUCUCGAGCAUCAGUGGACGUUCUGGUUCGAUAACCCUACUGCUAAGUCUAAGCAAGCCACCUGGGGAAGCUCUAUGCGUUCUAUCUAUACUUUUGCUACUGUUGAGGAGUUUUGGAGCAUUUACAAUAAUAUCCAUCAUCCAAGCAAGUUGGCUGUGGGGGCUGACUUUCACUGUUUCAAAUAUAAAAUCGAACCAAAAUGGGAGGACCCUGUUUGUGCUAAUGGAGGGAAGUGGACUGUAACUUUUGGUAGAGGGAAAUCUGAUACCAGUUGGUUGUAUACGUUGCUGGCUAUGAUUGGAGAACAAUUUGAUCAUGGAGAUGAAAUCUGUGGGGCAGUUGUCAAUGUCAGAAUUAAGCAGGAAAAGAUAGCUCUUUGGACCAAGAAUGCUUCAAAUGAAGCUGCUCAGCUGAGCAUUGGAAAACAAUGGAAGGAAUUUCUCGACUACAAUGAUACUAUCGGGUUUAUAUUCCAUGAAGACGCAAAGAAGCUUGACAGAGGUGCCAAGAAUCGCUACACAAUAUGAGCUGUACAGAGUAUAUGAAAGUGUUUCCAUGAGCCCUGCCUAUUACUAGUCUGCGACAUCUAUUGACUGCUUACAUCUUUGGAGCAUCUCAUGAGCUGUUUUCUACUUCUGUCCUUUUGCUGUCUUUGCUACGACGAUUUUUUACUUGGAUGUGUAAUACUAAUUUCAUUGAAAUCCAUUUUUAAAGAGCUUAUUUUGUCCA